GCUAAUUUACGAGUCUUGUUUUGCCUUUCAGGGAAAAAAAGGGGGAGAUAAGAAGGGGAGGGUGGUCGGUGAAGGAGAAUGCAGCAAUCCCAUUUUUAAGCAUGCAGAAGCGGGCCGUUUCCGGUUCCUAGGCUGCCGUAUCCCCCCCAUCCGACGCCAGCAGCCGUAUGGGGAAAGCAGAGGCAGACACAGAUGGCAUGGACACUUCCACGACGUCUGCCGCUCUGCCCUGCCUGCUCUGCCGGAGCCCGUUAUCCGCCGUCUCUCUCCUCCAGCUCGCUCCGCCGCCCAGCAGCACUGCAGCACAGCACAGGCUGACGGCAUGAGGCUUGAUCCAGUGCAUUUCUCCAUGCUGGUCAUCGGGGUCUCCUUCGCCUGUUACGCCCCGAGUCUCAACUCCCUCCAGGACCAGGCGUACAGAUCGGCCGUGGUCAUCGAGGGCGAGGUGCGCUCCUCCCCGGAGAACGGCUCCUCCAGCGAGCCCUACAGGGUGAACGUCAGAGUGCUGGAUGUGUGGCCCGUCAACAGCGGCGGCCUCGAGCGGGAGCAGCUCGUGACCGUCGGGGACUUCGGCUCCGAAGCCCCCUGCACCACAGUGGAGAAGGACCACAGGUACAUCUUUUUCAUGGACCCCACCGCCGAUCCUUUGGUAUUCAAGGCAUCCUACGCGCCCGUGGAUGCCAGCGAGCCGGAACUGAAGAAGGAUGUGGAGAGAGUGCUGUGUGGGGACUGCGCGUCUGCUCCUAAACUGAGACCAAUGCAAGGACAGUCUCUGAUGGAAGGAGAGAAGAUGUACUUGAAGUGUGAGGCGUCGGGAACCCCCAGCCCUUCCUUCCGCUGGUACAAAGAUGGACAUGAGCUGCAGAAAGGCAGAGACCUCAAAAUAAAAACCAACAAAAAAAAUUCAAAGGUGCAGAUCAGUCGUGUUCGUGUAGAAGACUCGGGGAACUACACCUGUGUGGCUGAAAACUCGUUAGGACAAGAAAACGUCACAAGUAUAAUCACCGUGCAGAUCAUGACCACCACAACCCCAUCUCCAGGUGUCAGUCAUGCGAGGCGCUGCAACGAUUCAGAGAAGGCUUACUGCGCUAACGGAGGAGACUGUUACUUUAUACAUGGUAUUAACCAGCUGUCCUGCAAGUGUCCCAAUGACUAUUCGGGGGACCGCUGUCAAAACUCCGUCAUGGCAGGUUUCUACAAAAUGAGGUCUAUUAAAUAUAGCAAGCUUCUCAAAAAUGAAUUUAUAGAGGCAGAGUUGGUCUACCAGAGGCGGGUGCUGACGAUCACAGGCAUCUGUGUGGCCUUGUUAGUGGUUGGCAUCGUUUGUGUGGUGGCCUACUGCAAAACCAAGUCACAGAGGAGACAGAUGCAGAAUCACCUACAUCAAAACCAGAAUCAAUUUGUGGAGCAGCCAAACCGCAUGUUGGCUAAUGGGCCAAACCACCCAGGGCCCGGUCCUGAGGAGAUCCCCAUGGUUGAUUACAUUUCGAAGAGUGUCCCUACGACAGAGUGUGUGAUGAGUCAUGGAGCUGAGGGUGCAGGAAACUAUGCAGGCAGCCGAAUGUCAACGCGCUCCCAUCACUCCACCACUGCCUCACAUGCUUCCAGACACGAGGAGCAGACGUGGAGCAUGGAACGAACAGAGAGCGUAAACUCAGACUGCCAGUCAGGUGGGCUCUCCAGCUCAGUGGGAACCAGUAAGUGCAGCAGCCCGGCAUGCAUGGCGAGGAGGGCCGCCAACUACGGCUGCAGAGACAUGUCGGGAAUGGGGAUGCAGUAUGGGGACUCAUACGACUCUCUAAGAGAUUCGCCUCACAGUGACAGAUACGUAUCAGCGCUGACCACGCCGGCACGGCUGUCUCCUGUGGAGUUUCACUACCCCCCUCUGCCACCCCAGGUACCCACCUUCCAGAUCACCUCACCCAACACAACCCACGCCCUCUCCCUUCCCCCUGCUGCUGCGGCUUACCACAGAGAUGAUGACCAACCAUUGCUAAGAUGCCCCGAAGAUGGAAGUUUAUACAGGCAGCCCCGACGACCUCGGCGACCCUACCUGACAGAGAGCACAGGAAGUCUACCGUCCAGUCCCUACCACCUCCCUGACGAUGAAGCAUAUGAGACGACACAAGAGUACGCCUCCUCGCGUGAACCGAUCAGGAGCCGGCGCCGCCCCCGACGCAACCGCCUCAACGGACACACGUCCCAGCGUUCGGCGGGCUUUCGGGACUACAGCUCUCAGAGCUUCAGCCAAUCAGAGGACGAGGAGGAAGAGGAUGAGGACGCUCACGGGGAGAGCACGCCUUUCCUAAGUAUGCAGAACAUGAACAUGGACCUGCCGCUAUCAAGCUCGGGUUACCGCUCCUCGUCCGGCGCAGACACACGGACUCACCGCGGGCUGAGUCGGCCAGGGACGCGCAGCAACGGGCAGAGCCGCGGCUCCCAGUCACAGCGCUCCAAGGCCGACAACAUGCCCCUUUAAGACCGGACCUCCUGACGCCCUCCCAUACACCCCCUGUCCCGCCCUGCCACGCCCCGCCACCUCACACACUUCCUCUCGUCCCUCACAGAACCAGUGGACUAGAGACCUGCACCUAGGAGAAAUAUUUUUAUUUUGUAUAACAGACAGAUAUUCUAAACAAAUGAAAUAUUUAUUUUCAUUUCAGCAAAAAUUGUCUACUAGCUAACAGCAAAGACUUUUUUUAUAACGGGGGGAUAUUUAUAUGUAAAGUUUUUUGAUUUACAGCAUUAUGAGAGAUGAAAAAAGGAGAAUUACGUGCCAAUUUUUUCACAAGUUAGAUAAAUAGAAUAAUAUUGUGGUGCCUUUUGCUGUAUGCUGAAGUCGGAGGUCCCGUUGAGUUUUUGUAGCUUUUCUUAUAAAGACUCCUCAUUUUUAUAGAGACCAACCCUCUUCCUUCCUAUUGCUUCGGUUUGGUUUGUUCUUUUGAUUUUUUUUUUUUAUUUGCUCUGAUUUGGGAUCUUCCUCUUUUUGAACUGUGAUCUGAUUAUGUCAUCAUGCAAUAUUGAUUCCUUCUGUGUAAAAGGUGUCUGUUUACAUGAGUUCGACCCAUGCGAUGGUACAGCCGGGUGUGUAGGUUAGAUUCCUCUGAUGAACACGCAUCUGUCAUUCACGUUCUUGUCUGCUGCCUGUCAGUCACUUUCUUGUAGUUUCUGUGGAUAGAAGGGCGUUCAGGUGUUGUGGAGGGAUGGCGAUGUUUGUCAUAGGUGUUCACGGUGCUGUCAUUACAUUCGUACGUAUGUGUGUGUGUGUGUGUUUGAGAUUUCAUGAAGCCUGGUUAGGUGGCUGCACGGUACAUCCACUGACGCGUCUGCCGGUUGCCACGCCGCCAGAAGCUCCACUGCACUGUAAACACCUCCCUCCGCGAACAGCCGCCGGUCAGGGAGCCUCCGACCCAAACUGAACUCGACCAGUCCAGUUGUUAUCCAGCCUGACUCUGGCCUCCCGUGGACUGCCUGGCCCCGCCCGUUUCCUAUGCCAGCAGCUUAGAGCCGCACUGUGUCUCAGGACUUCCCCAUCGCAUCACAGCCGAAUGACUCGCAGCAGACCGAGCCCGUCAUCGCAGUCUCAGAUCAGUCCACAGGGCCAGAUCCAUAUCUCUCCCACCGCACUCACUUGUUUUGUUUAAAAAAAAUAAAAGAAGAAAAUACAAAACAAAUGGCUAGAAG